ACACACACACACACACACACACACACACACACACACACACACACACACACACACACACACACACACACACACACACACACACACACACACACACACACACACACACACACACACACACACACACGAAUCUGUCAAAAUAGUGUCUACAUUCGACUCUGCUUUAAUACCGUGUGUUAUAUCUGUAAGUAACUGAGGCACAAAUCAGCAGAUCGUGAAAUAAAUCGCUUAUAACGGAAGAGGAGAAUCUUUAAGUACCCGGAUGAACUUCGGUGCUGCCCAGUUGGAACACACGAGCCCGAUGGCUGCCAGCUGACCUUUGACCUUUGACCGCCAGGAUGAUGUCGGUCAGAGAGCGUCUCCGUCAGAACAUCUCGGCCGCCUUCUACCGACACGGCCUGCUGUGUGCCUCAUACCCAGUUCCCAUCAUCCUCUUCACCUCUGCCAGCAUCCUAACCUGCUGUUACCCACUGUUGAAGUUGCCCCUGCCGGGAACAGGUCCUGUAGAGUUUACCACCGGGGUGAAGGAUUAUUCCGUCCCUCACCAGGAGCCCCAGAGUGACCCGGGCGAGCGUCCUGAUUGGUAUCACGGUGCUCCGGUUGCUUACAUCCAGCAAGUGCUGGUGAAGGCGGCCGUGUCUCCGUGGGACAGCAGCUUGGUGCCCGUGGACGUUUUUCGCUCGCCGCUCGGCCGAGUCUUCAGCCUCCUGGAGGAAAUCCGUGACCACGUUAACGCUGAGAGAGGUUUGGAGUCUCUCUGUCUCCAGGUGACUGAUCUGUUGCCGGGGUUACGGCGUAUGCAGUCCGUGCUUCCCGAACACGGCUGUCUGCUGGUUUCCCCCGGCAACUACUGGCAGAACCGGCAGGACGUGUUCGACUCUGAUCCAGACAUCCUGAAGACCAUCCAGCAGCAUGAACCUAAAGGCCUGCACACGUCUGCCACGCUGAAAGACCUUCUGUUUGGUGUCCCAGGGAAAAGCACAGGCAUCAGUCUGUACAGUAAAAAGCGAGUUGUGACGUACACCAUCACCAUCGCCUUCAGCAGUUAUGACUCCAGGUUCAUAGGCAGCCUGCGUGCUCGUCUGAAGCAGCUCCACCCGUCAGUGAACUGCAGCCUGCGUGAGGAUCACAUGGUGCACGUCCACUUUAAAGAAGAGAUCGGCAUCGCAGAACUAAUCCCCCUCGUCACCACCUACAUCAUCCUCUUCGCCUACAUCUACUUCUCCACCAGGAAGAUCGACAUGGUGAAGUCUAAGUGGGGUUUGGCUUUGGCUGCCGUGGUAACAGUGCUCAGCUCUUUGCUCAUGUCUGUAGGACUCUGCACUCUGUUUGGCCUCACACCCACACUCAAUGGAGGGGAGAUCUUUCCGUACCUCGUGGUUGUGAUCGGGAUCGAGAACGUUCUCGUGCUCACCAAGUCUGUGGUGUCGACUCCCGUGGACCUGGAGGUCAAACUUCGAAUUGCACAAGGUCUGAGCAGUGAGAGCUGGUCCAUCAUGAAGAACAUGGCCACUGAGCUGGUCAUCAUCCUGAUCGGAUACUUCACCUUAGUUCCUGCUAUUCAGGAGUUCUGUCUGUUUGCCGUGGUGGGUCUGGUCUCCGAUUUCUUCCUGCAGAUGUUCUUCUUCACCACCGUGCUUUCCAUCGACAUCCGUCGCAUGGAGCUGGCUGAUCUGAAUAGACGUCUCCCAGCCGAGGCAGGCUUGCCCCCUCCUAAACCCACACCCUUACGCCACAGAGAAGCCCCGCCCCCUCCACGUCCCUCUCCUCACACCAUCACGCUUCAGGCCCCAGCAUUUAGGAAUCUGCGCUUACCCAAAAGACUCCGUGUGAUCUAUUUCUUGGCACGCACCCGCCUGGCACAACGCAUCAUCAUGGUUGGCACCGUGAUCUGGAUCGGGAUCCUGGUGUACACCGACCCCGCCGGUCUGAGGACGUACCUGGCAGCUCAGGUAUCCGAACAGAGCCCUUUGGGAGGAGCGGGGUUGCCUCCUCACCUGGGCGUGGCUCCUGUGUUCCCAGGCGGAGAUCCGACUAGCACCCUGAGUGUUCUGUCUGCCCCAGAUCCUACCCCUGUGCCUGAGAAUCAGUCACAGGGAGCAGACGCCCCGGGUCCCACCCCACUGGUCAGCCCGCAGAUCACGUGGGGCUCGGAGGACGAGGAGGUGUGGAGGCGACUGUCAUUUCGUUACUGGCCCUCGCUUUUCGGCUACUAUAACAUCACACUGGCUAAGAGGUAUAUCAGCAUCCUGCCCGUCAUCCCUGUCACGUUGCACCUGAGCCCUCAGGAAGCCGUCGAGAUGCGUCACCCUCAGGAUACCCAGCAUGCACCACGGGUCAGCGCCAGAACCACGCAGCUCCAGACGGACCUCACGCUGUACAAGGUUGCUGCACUGGGCCUCUUUGCUGGGGUUCUCCUGGUUCUCCUGCUCUUCUGUCUCUAUCGGGUUCUUUGUCCUCGUAACUACGGACAGAACGGAGCCCAACAUGGCCGCCGUCGCCGUGGAGACCUACCUUGUGAUGAGUACGGCUACUCGCCGCCGGUCAGCGAGAUCUCACCUCUGCUUCUGAGAGGACAUAGCAUGGAUAUUGAGUGUUUAGCUAGUGAUGGUAUGCUGCUGGCCAGCUGCUGUUUAGCAGGACAAAUUCGUGUGUGGGACGCACAGACUGGGGACUGUCUCACUGUUAUACCUAAUAACGGUUUGAGGAGGAGCAGCAGUAGUGGAUGUUGGGAUCAGCGUAAUGGCUGGGAUCAUUACGACCCUGACUCCUCCCCUCCCCCUUGCUCCACAUCCUCCCCCGUUGGUGAGUACGCAGUGCGCCGGAGACAGACCCGCCCUGCUCUAUUCGUGGACCAGCCGGACCUCACGGCGCUCAUAGACACCAACUUUAGCGAGCUGCCGCUGUCACACAUACCAUCAGACUGCGGCUUCGACUUCGGCGGCCUGGUGGAGAAGGCGUAUAAAGAGCACGCAGCACCUCCGGCAACGAUGCAAUCACCGCUUCCUCCGACUCCUCCCACUCCGCCAGCUCCGCCCAUCGAGAGGCUGAGCUUGCCAUCAGGAGACUGGGAGAGCUCGGUGUGGUCCAUGGAGCUCAGGGGAAACCUGAUCGCUGCAGGGAGAAGCAACGGCAAACUGGAGUUGUGGGAUGCCGUGGAGGGAUUGCUGCGGUGCUGCAAUGAAGAUGGAUCAUCGGGAAUCACCGCGCUGGCUUUCUUGAACAAUAGGAUUGUUGCAGCACGUCUGAAUGGUUCUCUUGAUUUUUUCACGGUGGACUUCAACAAACCGCUGGGUUUACUGCAGCACCGAGGGCCCCAGAGUUGUAGUCUGCCACUGUCGCCGUGUUACAGCAGUGAUGAUGUGAUCAGCUGCCAGUUGACACGCUCAGUUCUUUGCGCACACCAGAAACCUAUCACUGUGCUAAAAGCUGCUGCAGGUCGAGUCGUCACAGGCAGCCAGGAUCACACUGUCAGAGUGUAUCGUCUGGAAGAUUCCUGCUGCCUCUUUACCCUGCAGGGUCACUCAGGUGGCAUCACUGCCAUUUACAUAGACCAGACGAUGGUGCUGGCCAGUGGGGGUCAGGAUGGUGCCAUCUGCUUAUGGGACGUUCUCACAGGAAAUCGUGUGAGCCAUGUUUACGGUCACCGUGGUGAUGUAACAUCACUCGUCUGCACUACUUCCUGUGUGAUCAGCAGCGGUUUGGACGAUCUUAUCUGUGUCUGGGACCGGAGCACCGGCAUCAAGCUCUACUCCAUACAGCAGGAAGUGGGCUGUGGCGCCAGUCUGGCUGUGAUCUCAGAGAGUUUAUUAGUGACUGGAGGGAACGGCUGUGUGUCCUUCUGGGACCUGAACUAUGGGGAUUUACUGCAGACGGUGUAUCUGGGGCAGAACAGCGAGGGGCAGCAUGUGCGGCAGCUGCUCGUGCUCGAAAACGCUGCCAUCGUGUGUGACUUUGGCAGCGAGCUCAGCCUCGUCUAUGUGCCCUCUGUACUGGAGAAGCUGGACUAAACACACACACACACAUUUAGAAUUGUGUGUGUGUGUGUGUGAUCUGAUGGACCAUCGUCUCUCUGCUUGGCCUGGAUCAUCAGGCCGGUUUUAUUUCUACUUUCUUUAACUUUCCAAAUUGCUUUCUGUUUCUUUAUAGAAAAACAGAAUUGAUGGUUUGGACAGAAAGUGUGUGUGUGUGUGCGUGCAUGAGAGUGUGUGUUAAUGCUCUGGGCAUUUUAUUUUUAAAUAACUUGCGAGUAGUGAGACAAAACUAGGGCGUAAAAAGAAGUGUGUGAGUUCCUGCUGUAUUAUUCUCUCUAAUGGAAGAGCUUUUUAUAUUUUUUGCUAGAAAAUGACUAAAAAAAAAUCACAUCGCAAUGCAUUUUUACUCGCAGGGUGAACAUCGCUGCCUGAAGGAAGAGGUGUGUGUGUGUGUGUUAGUGUGUGUGUGUUAGUGUAAGAGUCUCAGAGUGAGUGUGAAGUGUAAGAUGAUGUAGAAGUUUACAUGGAGAAUAACUGCUGAUUGUGUGUGUGUGUGUGUGUGUGUGUGUACCUGUAAAGGUGGUGUGUUGAUCGAGUGUUGAGGGACACGUGUCAUUUUUUUUAAUAUUUAAAAAACAAAAUUCAUUAUUUAUUAGUGAUUAAUUUCUAAACGUUUGUAUAAAAUUGCUGAACUCUCACAUUACUGUCAGGUCUUUACUGUAUAAAACACUGAUUCAUUGAACCUUUAAUUAUAUUCAUUUGGACGGCGAGGAUCUGCUUUCUUUAAUUGUAAAAGUGUAUUUUUCUUCCCCCGGUGUGCCGGACGGAAGAAAAAAACGAGUCCGACUACUGAACUUCUCACACAUCAGAGGUUUAAACCUCAGGCAUGCGAUAAGAUUCUGAUAUUAUUCGAGAUACGACUAAGUAGCUCCAGGAGACCGAUUUCUACACCGCUAACUCACACCCCGUCAGUCGCAGAUCGUUUCCUCGAUCCGAACCAUCCGAUCGUUCCACAUGUACUACGACCUGAAACUCAGAGCGAGUGAGGUUUAAGUUCACACCUACGUUCAGCUCAUCGGCUUUGUUCAGCUGGGCGGAGUCUGUCGUAAUAACGCUUUAUAACUUCACCCUGAAUGUAGCGCUGGAAACGACUUCUCUUUAUGUUCUCUGUGUUUUAAAAUAUAUAUAUAUUUUUUUCAUUUGUUGUAAAAAUUCACAGCUGAGGGAUGUGCUGAUGAUCGGUUACACGCCGCGUCAUGACAUAACGGUACCGAUGUGACGUCUACAGAAGCUUCUCACCGCAGCCCAGGUUUGAUUAUAAAGCUAAAGUGCAGUCUGUUCUACACCAUCAGAGCAGCUUAGACCCGUAAUAACGGUGUCCUGUGAUUGUGCAUCGUUAAACGUUACUCUACGGUCACGUGAUGCACUUCUGAGGACACACAUGAGAAAGGGAGCAAGUUAGCGGUGAGAACGGACCAGAAAAACUGCGUCUGUUAAAGGAGCCGUCUGUUAGCAUGAUGUGCUGAUCGAGAUUAAAGUUUGUUACCUUCAUGAUUAACAUCGCUGUAUAACACUAACUUUUCUUUGUAUCUAGUCAAGAUUUAGAGCCUCUGAUCGAUCUGAAUAUGAUCAUUUUGUUUACAGUAAAAACGGUUAACGCUUUUGUUCCUUUAUUUAUUUACUCUGUUCCUAACCGAACGUCUACUCUGGAGUUAAAGCAGAUAAUCACAGACGACUCCAGGAGCGAGCGUCUCUAUAAACACGACGUGUCAGACGAGACCUGAUAUCUAAAUCAGUGUUUUGUUUUUUUUAAAGCCUCUAAAUUUUGACCAAAUUGUCAUUUAACUGGUUGACGGAUUUUUAGUUUCGCCGACUGCAGCAUGCAGCAUCACACACGUGUACGGCAUAAACGCACAAAACAGGACGGAUAUGUUAACUUAUAUGAAUGUAAAUAUUAAUGUGUGUUGCUGCAGGGACAGAUUUAGUGUGUGUGUGUGAGAGAUUGUGUGUGAGUGAGAGAGCUUGUGUGUGUAUGUGUAAGAGAGAGAUUAUGUGUGUGUGUGUGAGUGAGUGAGAGAUUGUGUGUGAGUGAGUGUGUGUGUGUGUGAGAGUAUUCACUUAGUUUCCAAAGCUGUGUAGUUUUUUGGCAGAAAUGUGAACGAUAUUUUUGUUCAUAUAUUUUUGUGUCUUUUAGAUGAGUUUAGAUGAUUGUAGCACAGAUCCUGGGGUUAUUAAAGAUCACGACGAUGAGCUCUGAAGUUACACGAGACGGCGUGUAACAGCGUACGUAUCAGUAAGCAGGGUCAGGCUGCGUUCACAAUUAACGUAGUUGUACUUUUCUAAAAUGUUUUUUUUUUUACUUUAUGUUUUAAGUUUGGAAGCUUUCCUAAGACCAAAAAACAAUAGUUCUAAAAUCGUACGGCUUUGUCUUACGGUCGCUUUCUGGUAACCAGGAAAGAUUAGAGGUUAAAUGUGUGUAGUUUAAUGUGUGUAAAAGCAGCCUGCAAGUUUAGUGUUCGAGCUUUAAAAAUGUCACUCAAUGGGUUUUAUUUGAAGCAGAAAGCAGGGACCGGGCGUUAAAGUGAACGUCAUCGUUACAACCACAACACUACAGUUGUUACGUUCAGCGUGUCGAUCACAUGUCGACUCUUUGCUUCAUCGGUUCAGACCAGCUGUAGAUAAAUAACUGGGUCACCGACUCGUCGUUCAUCUGAAACAAGUUCCAACAACAAAUCAGAAUAUUCUGGUAUCUUUUGUGUGAUGCAAGACUCCAAGCUUGAGCUUAACUGAGGUACCAAUAAUACAAAUAUUGUGCUGGCUCCUUUGGUACCGCACUAGAUAAAUUUAAUGAAGCUCUGGAAAAGUACAGAAUAUGAUUGGGGAAACAAUUACGAUGUCAUAAAAUAUUUUUGUGGGGCAGGAGGGUGGUAAUCGUCCUUCAGCAUACCGGUAAAGUUCUCAAUCAUCUGUCCGUAGACAUUCCCUUAACUUUCACCAUCUAAAGAACGUGAAACCUCGAUGUCUGAAUUUAUAUAAAUCUGUUUGGGAUUUUUCAGUGGAACUUUAGGACCGAAUCCCAUUAAACUCAGCGGCGUCUCGUUAAAUAAUCGCCGUUCUAAGCGAACGAUUUUUGCCGUUCAUUGAAAAAGUUGCUUAGUACUUUUUAUAAAUCCUUAAUAGGAUUACGUCAGAAUAAUCCCAGAAGUUUUUUAGGCCAAACUCUCAAAUGCUGGAAAGUUGCACCAUAUAAAAAAAAAAGUAAGGAGAUUUCCAGGAGGAUAUAAAACUAAUACUUUGUUCUAUUUUUUAACAUAGAGAAACGAUCUUUGUACUAAUUUGCAAAUAAAAAAGGUUUUCAUA